AGGCCACGCAGCAGAGGGAGAGGACGGCCAUGGGGCUAGGGGCAAGCAGCGAGCAGCCGGCGGGCGGCGAGGGCUUCCAUCUGCACGGGGUACAAGAGAACUCGCCAGCCCAGCAGGCGGGCCUGGAGCCCUACUUUGACUUCAUCAUCACCAUCGGGCACUCAAGGCUGAACAAGGAGAAUGACACGCUGAAGGCACUGCUGAAGGCUAAUGUGGAGAAGCCGGUGAAGCUGGAGGUGUUCAACAUGAAGACCAUGAGGGUGCGAGAGGUGGAGGUGGUGCCCAGCAACAUGUGGGGCGGCCAGGGCCUGCUGGGAGCUAGCGUGCGCUUCUGCAGCUUCCGCAGGGCCAGCGAGCACGUGUGGCAUGUGCUGGAUGUGGAGCCCUCUUCACCCGCUGCCUUGGCCGGCCUGCGCCCUUACACAGACUACAUUGUUGGCUCUGACCAGAUCCUCCAGGAGUCGGAAGACUUCUUCACUCUCAUUGAGUCCCAUGAGGGAAAGCCCCUGAAGCUGAUGGUUUAUAACUCUGAAUCCGACUCCUGCCGGGAGGUGACUGUGACCCCCAAUGCAGCCUGGGGUGGAGAGGGCAGUCUGGGGUGUGGUAUUGGUUACGGGUACCUGCACCGGAUCCCAACGCAGCCCUCCAGCCAGUACAAGAAGCCACCCAGUGCCUCAUCACCUGGCACUCCAGCUAAGACCCCACAACCUAAUGCCUUUCCUCUUGGUGCCCCACCACCUUGGCCCAUCCCUCAGGACUCUUCUGGCCCAGAGCUGGGUUCCAGGCAGAGUGACUACAUGGAGGCCUUACCACAGGUCCCUGGUGGCUUUAUGGAGGAGCAGCUCCCUGGGCCUGGGAGUCCUGGCCAUGGCACUGCUGACUAUGGGGGAUGCCUACAUUCCAUGGAGAUCCCGCUUCAGCCUCCACCUCCAGUCCAGCGGGUCAUGGACCCAGGCUUCCUGGAUGUGUCAGGCAUGUCCCUCCUGGACAGCAGCAAUACAAGUGUGUGCCCCAGCUUGUCAUCUUCCUCAUUGCUGACCCCUACAGCUGUUUCAGCCUUAGGACCAGAGGACAUUGGUUCCAGCAGCAGUUCUCAUGAGCGGGGUGGUGAGGCCACGUGGUCAGGGUCAGAGUUCGAGAUCUCCUUCCCCGACAGUCCAGGCUCCCAGGCCCAGGUGGACCACCUGCCCCGGCUGACUCUCCCUGAUGGCCUCACGUCUGCAGCUUCACCAGAAGAAGGGCUGUCUGCAGAACUGCUGGAAGCACAGACCGAGGAACCAGCAGACACAGCCAGCCUGGAUUGCAUGGCAGAGACUGAGGGGCCAGCCGGCCAAGUCCAGGCUGCCCCAGAUCCAGAGCCUGGGUUGUGAGAAGGCCCCUGGUGACAUUUGGUGUUCCUUAGCUGUGUAGCUCUCUAGGCUGCAGCCUCUAACGAGGCAUGGGCUUUGCUAGAGUUCACAUGUAGUCCUGGAUUGAAAGGAACAGAACACUGGAGCAAUGUCCGGCUUCUAUAGAGGCAGGAGAUGGAUCUAGAUGUGUCUGUGAAGCACUGGCACCUUCCCGGGAGGGAGAGGCUGCAGGCCCGACACAAUGUCCAUAUGAAGAUGGGGUGGGGGACAAGAGGCUGUGUCCACAAGCGGCCACACUGGUACUGAGGAGCACCCCGAAUCCCAAUGCCCUUCCUCAUUCUAAUCCUUACACUGGAUGAGAGAGGCAGUAUACUUGGCCACUUGAUUUCUAGGAUGGAAGAUUCUGGGCCCUUCAGAGGGACCUGCCUCUGCUAGCUGUACACUAGCCUCAGGGGAGGUGGAAGGGAGCAGACACUCCAGUUCUUCUCUCCUGUGAUCUCUCAGCCCUCCCUCACGUGCGGACAGCAGGCUCCGAGUACACAAGGUACAGCUGGUUCUGAUGGUAAACAGGUCAGGCUUUGCUUACCAUCAACCCCCCCUACUCAGCCCUUCUCGUCUGGACUUCUGGGUAAAGCCCCCUCCCAUCUGUCCUCAGUGUACGGGAAAGGGGCCUUGAGAGGCUCAGGCUCUGAGAGGACGUCUGUGCUGCUGCCUUACUGCAGAUGGCACCAGCCAUGUCUUCUGCAGCUCCAGUCCUGUGUCCUUGCUAAUCGUCUCCCACCUCCACAGACCAUGGAGCUGCCUAGGUUGUUAAGCCAAGGACUCUGUUUAGGAAGCACAGGGCAAGUAGUACAGUGGGCGGACACGACCCCAUGCACUAGGAAUACAUUUAUAGCCGGGCCCGUGAGGCCCCCAGAGCCACUAAGGCCUGCAGUUGUACAGCAUGGGUUACCACAGGGCUGCUCUGUGGUGAGCACCCUGACCCCCAGCUGUCCUUGCUGGAGGGGUCUGCUCCCUGGGACACUGUAAGUGGGGUGAGAUGGAUGCUGAUGCUGUUUCAAGAGUGAACCCCAGAUGUUUCUUUCCCUGUAAUCUGCUGUGGGAAGUGACAAGUGACCGAAUAAACAAGUCCAGCACACUGA